AUGGACGAGGCACGUGGACGAUCUGGGGAUCCUCCACCGUCGACCACGACGAACGCUAGCAGUGGGACGGGGAGCGGUGGGGCCACUGGGACCAACAGCCAGAUGAUGAAGGAGGAUGUGGGUGGCCGUUUGGAUAGUGCCACGGCGUCUAAUGGUGCUGGCGGUGUUUCAGCUAAAGAUAGAACAGACACGGACGGGGACGUGAGCAUUAAUGAAUUGCCAAAAAACAGGACGUUCCUGAGUGGGGAGAAGGUGGGAAGGGGUGAAUGCAUAAUGGGUUCUUGCGGGGUUUUACUACUUGUUCCCCCCCAACUCCCUUUCUCCUCUACCAACGCCGCCACCACCAACGCCACAGUCCUCAUGUCGCACCUCACCAACGACGUCGAAAAGGGCAGCCGUGUCCACAACGAGUACCCCGCACCAGCAGCACCCGUCAACACUGGUCUGCGCCAGAUUGCCAACCCAGGCCCGUUGGGUCUGUCGGCAUUCGCACUGACGACAUUCGUCUUGUCACUGCCCAACGUUGUCGUUGGUCUCGCUCUGUUCUAUGGUGGUAUGGUCCAGUUUGCCGCCGGAAUGUGGGAAUUUGUACGUGCACGACUAGCUGGCGUUGAUGGCUCGAUUGCUGACUUGGUUUCCGUUCAGGCCGUGGGAAAUACGUUUGGUGCUACUGCUUUGAGCAGCUAUGGUGGUUUCUGGCUCUCGUGGGCUGUCAUUCAGAUUCCCGGAUUCAACGUUGUCUCGGCCUACAAUGGUGACGCCCACCAGCUCAAGACGGUGGUCGCCUUCUACCUGUUUGGAUGGUUCAUCUUUACCUUUUUGAUGCUCCUCUGUGUCCUCCGCCACUCUGUUGCAUUCAUUUUCUUGUUCUUGACCCUCGACCUCGCCUUCCUCAUGUUGGCGAUCGCCGACUAUACGAACAAUGUCAGCUUGACCAAGGCCGGUGGUGUCUUUGUGGCGCUGGGUCGUGCCGAAUGUUCUGCCGGCGACCGCUGUGGAGCCUUGGCGACCGCAUCCACGCCGAAAAAGGAUGAGAAUGGUGAUUAUCGUGCAGACACCAGGUGA